CCAGUGCUUACUGCAACAUAGGUACUUACUAUUUGUUAAUAGCAGUUUGAAUGAUGGCUGCAAAUGCCAGAGAUUGCCUCUGAACAAAGCUUGGAUACAAUUACCAAGUGAGGUUUUGAGAAUAAUUCCAGAAACUAGUAUAGUUUUUCUAUGAAGUAUUACCCUAACUUCUGUCUGAUGGGAUUGAUACCAACCCUUACCUUCAAUGAUAGACAUAUGAUUCAAGUCUGACCGAUCAGCAUAUACCAUUCCCUGAAAACCACAUUGGUGAGAGAUGUGAUCUAAGAAAAAGACAAUGGAGAGGACCCUUUAGAAUGCACCUCUGAACUAGAAGAAUUAGGAUCCUAAACAACGUCCUAGGAGAAAAAAAUCGAGCUCAAUAAACCAGGGACCAACAAUAAAAUGAAUAUCUGGGGCUCAGGAGGACCUACAAGUUCCACUGGAGGAGACGCUCAAAGUCAUGGAGGCUUUCAACAGGACCCUGCUGGUACCUUAGCUCCAAGUUCAGAGUUGGAGGCUGCAUCUGACAAGUGGCUGUGGUUUCAACUCUCUGGAGUCUCAUUUUUUUUCUCUUCCUUGAAGUUUGUUCACUGCAGUUUGAAGAGCCAAGGCACAUGAGACAUACCAGGAAUCUCCGAUGUUACAGUUGCAAGCAGUCCAAGAACCAGACUUUGAGAAUCUCUCCUGUGGUCCUGAUGCUUCUGAGAAUGCAGGUUGAUGUUGCACUAACUUUCAAAGGGUUCAAAAAGCAAAGCAACGUGGAGAGACAUGCAUUGAAAAGGCUUGCUCCCCUCCUUGUACUUAUCUGCCAGUUCUCCUCUUCCUCUGCCUCAGACAGUCAUGGACCUGCUCUGGAUGCCCCUGUUUCUGGUGGCUGCUUGUGUCUCUGCUGUCCACAGCUUACCGGAAGUGAACGCUGGUGUUUCCAGCAUCCACAUAACCAAGCCUGUGCACAUCCUGGAGGAACACAAUCUGCUGGUGCUAACGCCUGCUGGCCUGACCCAGAUGCUGAACGAGACCCGCUUCCUCAUGGUGCUUUUCCACAAUCCAUCCUCAAAGCAAUCCAGGAACUUGGCGGAAGAGCUGGGCAAAGCUGUGGAGAUCAUGGGCAAAGGCAAGAAUGGGAUCGGCUUUGGCAAAGUGGACAUUACUGUAGAGAAGGAGCUUCAGCAGGAGUUUGGGAUUACCAAGGCCCCAGAGUUGAAGCUGUUUUUUGAGGGCAACAGGUCAGCGCCCAUCAGCUGCAAAGGAGUGGUUGAAUCUACUGCCUUAGUCGUUUGGUUGAGACGACAAAUUAGCCAGAAAGCAUUUUUGUUCAACAACAGCCAGCAGGUGGCGGAGUUUGUGACAGCCAGGCCCUUGGUCAUCAUUGGCUUCUUCCAGGAUUUAGAGGAAGAAGUAGCAGAGUUGUUCUAUGAUGUGAUCAAAGACUUCCCAGAGCUAACGUUUGGAGUGAUAACAAUUGGCAAUGCCAUUGGGCGUUUCCACGUCACCCUUGACAGCGUUCUGGUAUUCAAAAAGGGAAAAAUUGUGAACCGCCAAGAGCUUAUUAAUGACAGUACCAACCAAAAGGAACUCAACCGUGUCAUAAAACAGCACCUUACAGAUUUUGUUUUUGAAUACAAUAGUGAGAAUAAGGAUCUGAUUUACGAGUUGCACAUCAUGAGUCACAUGCUGCUCUUUGUCUCCAAAAGCUCUGAGUCGUAUGGUAUCAUAAUUCAGCAUUACAAGCUGGCAUCAAAGGAAUUCCAGAACAAGAUCCUUUUCAUCCUUGUGGAUACAGAUGAACCCAGAAACGGACGUGUCUUGGAGUACUUCCGGGUCACAGAGGUCGAUAUCCCCUCUGUCCAAAUCCUAAAUUUGAGCUCUGACGCCAGGUACAAAAUGCCUUCAGAUGACAUAACCUAUGAAAACCUCAAGAAAUUUGGCCGCAGCUUCCUGAGUAAAAAUGCCAAGAAACAUCAAUCCAGUGAAGAGAUUCCAAAAUAUUGGGACCAGGGACUGGUUAAGCAGCUCGUGGGGAAGAACUUCAACAUAGUCGUCUUUGACAAAGAAAAGGAUGUGUUUGUGAUGUUCUAUGCUCCCUGGUCUAAAAAGUGCAAGAUGCUGUUCCCGCUGUUGGAGGAACUGGGAAGAAAGUAUCAAAACCACUCCACAGUCAUCAUUGCCAAGAUCGACAUCACAGCGAAUGACAUUCAGCUGAUGUACCUGGACCGGUACCCAUUCUUCAGGCUGUUUCCCACCAACUCUCAACAAGCUGUCCUGUAUAAGGGAGAACAUACUCUGAAGGGCUUCUCUGACUUCCUGGAAAGCCACAUCAAAACCAGAAUUGAGGAUGAGGAUGAGCUAUUGUCUGUUGAGCAAAACGAAGUGAUAGAAGAGGAAGUGCUAGCUGAAGAAGAGGAGGUGCCUGCAAUGAGGAAAGAGUUACCUGAACAGCAGUUGCCUGAGCCGGAGAACGUGACCAAGCCUGUGUCCAAGCUGGAAGAACCAGCUGGGAAGAAGAGAACACCUGAGGAGGUGGUGGUGGUGGUGGCGGCUAAGCCAAAGGGACCUCCAACUCAAAAGAAGAAACCGAAAGUCAAGGAAGAACUUUAGCUCCUCCAAGGAAACAAGGUGCCCAUUUUUGAUUCCAAUAAAAGCAUAUAGCAUUGUGGAAGGCUAGGUGGGGGCUGGGUAAUAAAGCCUCUGAAUGUCCUUGG